AUAUUUUAAAUAUAAUUUGCUAAAAGUAUUAGCAAAAUUUAAUAAAUAUAUAUAGCUUAGAAUGUUAUCUAAACGUUGUGAAACCUAUAAAGAAUAAUCAUAUGCAUUUGUAUGUAUUUUUGAUCAGAAAUACUAGGAAGUCAGUUAAGCUUUGUCCGUAUGUCUGUCCGUAUAGAGAGAUCUCCAGACUUUAUUAAGUUUAAAUAUUGCUUAUUGUCAGAAUCAAACCGCGUAAGAAAUUGUAUUCGCUGGAAGUUUGUUAUACCAUGGGUUGAGAAAGAUUUAAAGUCGAAAUAUAUUAUAAAAUUAAUAAUUACGAGGGGUGCUACCAUAAUUAACAUGUUUUUAAAAACACCUACGAAAAUGUCUAUGAUCGUUCAUAUAUUUUAUAGAUACGUUUUGAAUAAGGAAGUCCGAUGGUUUAAACCCUUAUAAUAAUGGUUUAAUAAAUUAAGCGAAAUUUAAACAGUGUUUUGAAGGGUAAAAAAUAAUAUAUUGAACCGUAAAUACCUCCCACUGUCCACUGGGCCAUUAAUAAAGCCAUUUCUGUGGUGGACAGCGGUGCUGCCAAUAAUUGUGUCUCGCACAUUUCGGCAGUUGUCAACCGUUGGCCCAACCGAUCAGUUCGCAUAGCUUCAAGUCUAGUCUUAGCCACCUCCAUCCGAGCCACUGAGCCACCGAGCCACGAACCACGUUCGAGGAGAAAUCAACGAGCUGCCUACAAAGCACCGCAUUAGGCCAUAGAGAGCUGGUGGGGAUCGGAGCGACAGCGAUGCACCUGAGCGUGGCCCUCUGGGCAUGUGGCGCCCUCCUGGCGGUGCUCCUCGCCUGGCAGCAGCGAAAGUGCUGGCGGCUCAUCUGGCAGCUGAACGGGUGGCGCGGCGUGGUGCAGCAGCCCAUCCUGUGGAUCCUGCUCUGCGUCAACCUGCACCCCAACAGCAUUCUGGAGAAGGUUACCCAAUACCGGGAGUACUUCCAGCGCCCCAUGGCCGUCCUCGUGGGCACCCGCGUCCUCCUCUAUAUCGAUGACCCAGCUGGCAUGGAAUGCAUCCUGAAUGCCCCAGAAUGCCUCGACAAGACCUUCCUGCAGGAUGGCUUCUUCGUGCGACGCGGCUUGCUCCAUGCCAGAGGACAGCGUUGGAAAUUGCGCAGAAAGCAACUGAACCCAGCCUUCAGUCACAAUAUAGUGGCCGGUUUCUUCGACGUCUUCAACUCGGUGGGCAACCAGAUAAUCGAGCAGUUUGCAUCGCAACCCCAUCUCCAUGGAAAGGCCGUGAAGUUCACCGAUGCCGAGGAUUUGCUCAGUCGGGCUGUUCUGGAGGUUUCCUGUUUGACUAUUAUGGGCACUCCAACCAAUUUCACCCAAAUAGAUGACGCGCACAUCGCCCACAGUUACAAGCGCCUCCUGGAGAUCUCGGCCGUUCGGGUGGUGAAGCCCUGGCUCCAGAUCGACCUGCUGCACCGCCUCCUGGCCCCGGAGCUCUACGAGGAGUCCAGGAAGUGCUGCAAGUUGCUGGCCGACUUUGUGGGCGAGAUUGUGAGGACGAAGCACCGCAACUGGCGGCUGAGGGACGCCGUCGGGUCGGGGGACAAGGCUGGCGAGGACUCCUCCGCCGGCUGGCAGCGGCGUAUUUUCAUCGAGCAGAUCUUCCAGCUGGCCGCCAACGGGGAGAUGACGCUCGAGGAGAUCAUGCACGAGGCGCAGUCGAUGGUUCUGGUGUCCUUCGAGACGGUGUCCAACAGCAUCACGAUGGCCCUGCUCUGCCUGGCCACCAACAAGGGCGACUGCCGGCGGCGCCUGCUGGCGGAGAUCAGGUCCCUGGUGCCGGACAGCGGCCAGGUGGGCCUGGAGCAGCUGCAGCAGCUGCGCUACCUGGACGCCUUCGUCAGCGAGUCGCUGCGUCUGCUGGCCACCGUGCCGAUGAACCUGCGCCACGUCAGCCGCGACUUCCAGCUGGCGGGCAGGGCGCGGGAGGCCAUCGUGCCCCAGAACAGCAUCGUGGUGCUGGACACCUUCAACAUGCAGCGCGACGAGCGCUGGUGGGGCGCCACCGCCAAGCAGUUCGACCCGCAGAGGUUCCUCGAGCAGGACCAGGACCAGGACCAGGAUCGGGAUCAGGCGCAGGGGCAGCAGGCCGGUGGCCAGGAUGCCGCAGGACCGGGGUCCGGGCAGCCGCGAAGGCAGCGGGAUCGACGACACUCCUACAGCUUCCUGCCCUUCUCCAGUGGUCUUCGUUCCUGUAUAGGACGCCGCUAUGGGCUCUUCAUCAUGAAGGUGUUCUUGGUCAAGCUGAUCUCGCAGUUUGACUUUCAGAGCGAUUUUGAACUGGAAAAGCUGGAGUUCGUUGAGAACAUAUCGCUGAAGUUCAAGAACGCCGAUGACAUCUUGCUGACCAUCCAGCCACACAGCCUGUCAAAGGACUCCAUCUAAUAUGUAUUCUUUUCGAUUCAAAAACUUUUUUUUAUUAUUUAUGUACCCAUUUACAAUGUAAUGUGUAAAGUAGUGUUAUUCUAGUAGCGUUUUCCUGAGUCUUAAUAAAAUAUCCCUUAUUUAAGGAGAUAACAAAAUA